UUGUUUCGUCGAGUAACUCUUUGGCUGCCGGUCUCUUUGUCGAUGGAUUCUUCUAGCUUCGAGUUAAUUGCAAACAUUGUCGGACAGUCAUACCGCAGUCGAAGUGAAAAUGCGAUGAAGACGAGAGAAAAGGAGAUCAACGUUCUCCUAAGACACCGUAAACUUCCGGACCAUGGCUGGGACGAUGCGCUCAUCGAGUUAUUUCUCCAUAACCUGUCUAUGAUGGAUUGCAAUAACUUCCAACGCGCGUUUGGGGUCGGGGAACGGGAAGGCAGAUGCUACUCUGGUAUUGUGAGAAGGCGAAACUUUGGUCUCCCAGAUGCUAUGUUUAUUGUUCUUAACACGCCAAAUUUGCAUUUCAGCUUGUGUCAUGGGAUUGGACGAUCUGGCGCUAUUACUUCAUUGCAGCCAAAAGCUACAGGUUCGUCGCUGAUCAACAGACUGACUAAUUCGUUAGCUCUCCAUGCUAUUCAAUUAUCAGGCGUCAAGGAUUGCAAAAGUUGCUUCGUCAUCCCAUGCGCCACUGGAAUGGCCAUGAUGUUGUGCUUGCUGCAUUUCAGAAAGAAGCGCCCAAAUGCUCAGACUGUGAUUUGGUCCCGUAUCGAUCAGAAGACAUGUAUAAAGUGUAUUUUAGCUGCAGGUGAUUGUUGACUGCAACUUCUACCAGUGGAGCAAAGACUUGAGAACGGUGUUCUUGUGACGGAUGUCGCCAAGAUGAAACAACUUAUAGCUGAUUAUGGCCCGGAGAACAUCCUCUGUGUUAUUACUACAACCAGCUGUUUUGGCCCUAGAAAUCCUGAUAGCAGCCAGCAGGUUUAA